AUGCUUAAAGAGAUACGGUUGUUGGUCAGGAUCGAUGAGUCUUUCUCUUUAAAGAAAAAAAAUCAAUUGUUUACAGUACGUCCGUUUACUUGUAAAAGACUCGAGGCUCCGUGUUCGCACGAACAAAUAGUCUCACUCCACCUCUCUUCCGCUUACUCUCUGCAGAGCUCUCUCUUUCGCGCGCGCCAUCACUUUUAUUUAUUUAUUUAUUUCUCAAUUCCCCCCGCCUACAUUAGUUUCACUCUAUUAUCAACCACAAGUUCCACUACUCCCACUUAUACCUCACCGACUUGUUCCCUACUUUCACUUUCACUAUCAAGCGAACCACCUGUAAACACCUGCAUUUUAAUUCAUAUUUAUCUGUUUGUUCCUAUCUACCUAUCUAUCGCACUGUGUUCAUAUGUACCUAUCUCUCUCUCUCUCUCUGUUCAUAUCUAUCUAUCUAUCUAUCUAUCUAUCUAUCUAUCUGUUUCAGUUUGUUCAGAUCUAUCUCAGCUUCGUCAUAUUCAUCUAUCUCUGUUCCUAUCUAUUUAUCUCUCUACGUCUGUUCGUAUUUAUCUCUGCUCAUUAUCUAUCUAUCUAUCUAUCUACAAGCCCUUUCCUCUGUCUUAUACUCUACUCUUUUGUAUCACCAAACAACAUUCUUCUACGCUUUUGCCCGGCCGUAUAUGA